AUGUUCAAGUUUCCAAUAUCUUAAAAGUGAGUUAAGUGACCAAAAUAACUAUAAUACUGUACUAUUGACUAUUGAAGUAUUGAUUUUCUGUUACUGUAUUACUUAACACUUACCUUACAACUAUAACUUUUUUAUAAGACCUAAGUAAUUCUGUUAUUUAAAAGUACCUAUGAUAAUUGAUAAUAAAUUUAAAAUACAAAAUAUUUUACAGUUUUAAGAUUUAUACCUCAUUUUAUACAACUGAAACAAGUAUUUUGGUUUAUUUUAUUUAUAAGUGUACCUAUAAAUUAUUAGACUAGUUUAAUUUAGUUAAACAGACAUUUCACUUUUUAGUACACAUGAAUAAUCCAGGUUCUUUUGCUGAUGAAUUUCGCAGAGUUAAAGCAUCAGAACAUUAUGAAUCAAUUAAUUCUGUCGGUGGACAACAUACUUCAGAAGCCACUACUAAUCAACCUAGCACAAGUGGAGCAAAACAAUCCCCUGUGAAAUCUGCAGCAUCUGUUUCAGGUGUAUUAGUCAACAACAAACAAAGAGGUAACCCACUGCUUAAAUCUAUCGUUAAUGUACCAUGGGAAUAUUCAGACGACAUUUUACCCGACUAUGUAAUGGGACGGACAACAUGUGCACUAUUUUUAUCCCUACGUUAUCAUAUGCUGAAGCCCGACUAUAUAUACAACAGAGUAAAAUCCUUGGGGAAAUUAUAUGAACUACGAGUACUGUUACUUCAGAUUGAUGUCAAAGAUCCACAUACGGCUCUCAAACAGUUGACUAGAAUGUGUUUGGUAGCUGAACUUACAUUGAUGUUAGCUUGGACUUCCGAAGAAGCUGGCAAACUCAUUGAAACUUAUAAAAUAUUUGAAAAUAAGCCACCAGAUCUUAUAAUGGAGAAAGCAGAAGCAGACGACCAUUCCAGAAUAGCCAAUGCACUUACAACUAUUCGUGCUGUAAACAAAACUGACGCAGCAUUGUUACUAUCUACAUUUGGUUCAUUGGAAAAUAUUUGUAAGGCGUCUCAAACAGCUUUGGCAUUGUGUCCUGGGUUUGCUCAACAUAAAGCAACACAGUUAUAUAAUACUCUUCACAAACCUUUCCUAAAACAAAAAAUUCUCGAGGAAGACUCACAAUCAAAAAAAUAAUAAUAAAAUGUGAUGUUAUCAUGUUUAAACAUUUUCAUUAUUUUUAUUGUCAAUGGUAUUACUUACUUUUUUAAUAAAUGUUUUUAUGGUAUACUGUAUUCCAUUACUAAAACUAUCAUUAGUCUUAACUCAAUGAGACAUUCAUGUCUAUUAGCAUUGAUUAUAAUUUUUAAUAUUUAUAAUCAAUGCUAUUUGUUAUUAUAUUAAUAAGACAAUAGCGUAAAUAAAGUUAC